GUAAUCUCUCUUUUAUUUUAAGUUAGCACAUUAUUUUAAUAUACUAAUAUCAUACCCUAUUUACCAUAUCAAACAUAACAUCUGAAUGACAUCAGACGACGUAGAGGUAGAGUCCGUACUAACAUCGAUGGGGAUGUUCAUCAUUGAUGAGAAUUUAUAUCCCGUCUCUUGGAAUCGACCAUCAGAAUAUGAUAUCUUAGGAGGUGGAGGACCAUAUGCCAUAGUUGGUGGUAGAAUUGCAGCAGGUGAAAAGGAAGGAAAGAGAAUAACUGGGAUCAUUGAUAAAGGGAGAGACUUCCCUCAAUCAGUAGGUGAUCAAUUGGAUGCAUGGGAUACAGGCAUAAUCUACCGUGAAGAUAACAAUCGAUUAACUACUCGAGGUCAAAAUAUUUAUGAUGAGAAUGAUAUUCGAGAUUUCAAAUAUAAGAAUGAUAAGAAACGAAUUGAAGUGGAUGAUAUUUUGAAUUAUGAUAAAUUGAAAUCAUCCAGAAGUUUCCAUUUGAUUUGUUCAAUUGAUAGAUGUCAUACUAUUAUUGAUAAAUUGAAUCAACAUUUAAAUCAUCAGCCAAUAUAUAUUUAUGAACCAUUACCUGAUGAUUGUAAACAUGAAAACUUGAUGAAAUUAACUCAAUUACUUCCAAAGAUAGACAUAUUCACUCCUAAUCUUGAUGAAGCUUGUGAAUUAGUGGGGAUCAACAAGAAGGCCAAUGAACUUAUUGAUAAUCUGUAUCUCAAAGACAUAACUCAAAAGUUUAAUCAGUACCUUAGAUUAGCCAACUCAGGUACAGUGUUACGAUGUGGUCCAUUAGGAUGUUUUAUUGAAACCAUAGAUAAACAAACUUACAACCUCCCAGCAUACCAUCUUGAUCAAACCAAAGUUAUAGACGUGACAGGUGGUGGGAAUUCAUUCUGUGGAGGAUUCGUAACUUCAUAUAUUUUAACUCACGGUGAUUGGUUGAUGUCGGGGAUUUUAGGAAAUCUUGUGAGCGGAUGUGUGAUUGAAAGAUUAGGUGCUCCUAUUAAGGCCACUGAUAAAGAAGAAUGGAAUGGGGUUAGUUUGAAAACUAGAUUUGAUAAUUACGUUAAUCAGAAUCAAAAGUUACUUACACAUUAUAAGUUAGACAAGUCCAAACUUAAUUGGAUAUGAUAGAGUAUAGGUAGAAAGUAAUAAAUAUCUAUUAAUAUGUAAUCUUAAUUAAAAGAGAACUAAAUUUAUAUAGACUAUGCAAAAAUUAGGGGGGUAUAAAAUUAAAAUUA